AUGUCAAGGAGUACUAAAGAGCCUAUGUCACCCCCGGCAGGGAAGAAUGGAGUUGCGAGGGCCUCGAAUUUCCCAUCGUUCGCUAGAUCGUUCGUUUCUCUGUUGAGAGGGAGCGGAAUUAGGAAAGAUUUCGACGUUGAUGAGGAGAUUCUUGGGCGUGGACGGUUUGGGAUCGUUUUGAAAGGAAAGAGGCUCGCAGACAACAAACCAGUAGCAAUCAAGAAGAUCACCAAGAAGGGAAGGGAUGCGAAGGCGAUCGAGAAGGUCAGGAGCGAGAUCGAGAUCAUGAAACGAGUCAACCACCCUAACUGCAUCACACUGUAUGGAGUCUAUGAGUCCUCCAACCAUAUCUACAUCGUGAUGGAGCUGGUCAAGGGAGGAGAGUUGCUCGACCGCAUCAUCAGCAAAGACCAUUACUCGGAGAUGGAGGCGGCCCGCUGCUUUCAUCAGAUCAUCGCGGCCAUCCACUACCUCCACAGGGCAGGCAUCGUCCACCGAGACCUGAAGCCAGAGAACAUCCUGUAUGCGGAUCGAGACUCAGAUGCAAACAUCAAGAUCGCCGACUAUGGUCUCUCGAAGAUGUUCGAGGCAGGCGAGCUCGCCAGCGGGCGAGCAAGGAUGCUCUCUCGAUGUGGAUCUCCCAACUUUGUUGCUCCGGAAGUGCUGAACGGAGGAGGCUAUGGUCAAGAGUGCGAUAUAUGGAGCGCUGGAGUGAUUCUCUACAUCCUUCUCUGCGGAUUCCUUCCUUUCGAUCAGCAGGAAGUGCACGGGCACAAGGAGAAGAUGUUCCUGCCUAAGAUUGGGCCGCUGGACUUCCCAAGACCAUACUGGGACUACAUCUCAGAAGAGGCUGUCGAUCUGGUGACGAAGAUGCUUGUCAUCGAGCCCAAGAAGCGCCUGACGUGUGAGGAGAUCUUCAUUCAUCCGUGGCUGCAGAAGUUCCAGGAGGGCAAGUUGCACAAGGACAGCAUGCCGCAGAUGCAGCGUAUCCUCAAGGACAACUUGUGUGCAAGGCGACUUAUGGGUGCCGUGUACUCGCUGACUGCCAUCCGUCGCAUGAGGACAGACCUUGACUGGGACUACAUGCACAAGGUGAUGAGAGGGAUGGCGGCAGAGUACCUCGCACAGAUCAAGCUUGAUCCGGAACGAGAGGCAGAACUAAGAGAAGGUUUCAACCUGCUCGAUCGCGAUCGUUCGGGAAGAAUCUCGAUGGAGAAUCUGACAGAAUCGAUGAGAGCGCUGGGACAUUACAAGGGAGAAGCUGAGAUCAAGGACAUGCUCAAUCGCUUCGACAUCUUCCAGACAGGAGACAUCUCUUUCGAAGAAUACUGCAUCGUGAUGAGUAGUCACGAUGCUUUCCUACACGCUGGUUGGGCACCUCAAUCAGACAACUCAGUCCCUCCGAGCCCGGAGCUUGUUGGUCGAACCUCGCUUGAUGGCCGUUACUUCGACGAUUACAAGGAAAUCUUCAUGUCGAUGGAUCUCGACAACUCAGGAGUGAUCGAUCCUGCCAACAUCCGCGAGGUCCUGAAGAGACUCGGCUCAGAGGUGACAGAGGAAGAGGCAAGGAAGAUGAUCGAGAUCGCUGAUAUCAAGAAUAACGGCGUGAUCGAAUUCGACGAGUUUGCCGAGAUGAUGAGCAAAGGACAGUAUCUCAUGGAGAGUCCUUCCCUUCGCCCGAUCGAUCGGGUGCCGUCAGAUCGAAGUGGAACAGAAAGGAAUGAGAUGGCAAAAGACUUUGUGUUGUGAAUAGUGUACAAGAGUGAGAUGGAUCAAGAUAGACACGUAGGGAUAGAGGGGCGGGAGAAGAGUUAAAGCAACUGAUAGAUACAAUUCCGUGCUUUCGUUUCACAAAUCGAGGCUGAAGUUUUUGAACGAAUUUUCCUUCGGGGUUGUAAUUGCUAGCAAUUAAAGGUGAUUGAACAAGUG